AUGCCGCCUCGUAGAGAACCAGAUCAUCAGGAGCUCCCUCAGGCCACAGUAGUCGCACAUAUCCGCGACUACCAUCCAGAAAAGUUUUCCGGCCAAAGAGAUCCUCGUAUAGUAGACGAAUGGGUUCAGGGCCUUGAAAUGAUUUUCGAG